AACCCUAGGACCCUACACAGCCGCCUCAGCACGCCCGCUCGCAAGAGCUCCUCCAGGCCCGAGCAACGGUGGUGAGGAGGUCCUCCACUCCACCGCUCCACAGCAUGUGGAGGCGAGGCCGAUGAGAUCCCCGCCGGCGACGAGCCCCCACCCCCUCGCGCCGCCUCCCGCGCAGGAGAUGCGCCACCACUACUCGCCGGCCUCUGGCGACGAGCCCCCGCCCCCCUCGCGACGCUUGCUGCGCAAACGCGCGCCGUGCAAGGGGUGCGCCACCGCUCGCCGGCCUCCGGAGACGAGCCCCCGCCCCCUCCAUGCCAUCAAUCGACUUCUCCUCCUCCUCCAGACCGUCGCACCGGGAGCACCGCGCUGGGGAGCACGGUCCACGGAGCUCCCGCCAGUCCGCCACGGCUGCGGCUAGCUCCCACGAUGCAAGGGCGAGGUGCAGGGACGAGGACGAUUCAGCAGCAAAGCAAGCUACCGGCGACCUCCCAUGAGUACAUCUCCUUUUCAUACUUGAUCUACUCUACUUCUGCAGUUCUCGUUGCUUGAUUUUGUGUGUUCCCUACAUCUCCUUCAUGAUUAGUGUUUCCCAUAUGCUUGAUUGCUUGCAUCCAAUAGAUGGCCUCUCCAAAUUUGGGUAGUGCUGGCGCAAGUGCUAGUCCUAGCAUAGGAUCUGUGGCCACCGGCCACAACCACAACAGACAUUAGGGCUCACCUGUUUCUGGCUUCCUAUUUUAGAUUGAAAUUUUGGUAACUGCGCAUUAAUCCAUUAUUAUGGUUACUUGGUUAGACUUGGAUCUCCUGUGAAAAACAAGAAACCUACAAGGUGAUCUGAUGAUGUAUAAUGUAUGAUUGUAUGUACUAAACUAAUAAUUAGUGAUUACUCAAAUUUUAGACUUUCACAAUUUUAAUUUGCAUUAUUAUUUAUUUGUUAAAAAAUAGUAAAACGUAUCCGCGUAUCGUGUUUUCUGAGAAAUUGCCGUAUCCGCGUAUCCGUAUCCUUCCGAUACCGAUACGCAUAUCCGUAUCCGUGUUGCAUACCUACUACUGAUGGAUGACAAUUUUUAUCUUGUAAGGUGUCCUUUUUAGGGCUAUCUUGUAAGGUGUCCUGGACCCCAUUUUGUACUAUACUGCUAUUUCAAGGUAACCCUCUUCGAUCAGAUUAAACUCUUGGCUCUCAAGUCUUAAGUGAAACAAUGCUAGGUGCUGCAUAUUUACAUGUACAUGCCCCCACCCCCCCCCCCUUUCCCUGUUGAUGCAGAUAGGAGUUACGAUAUAAGACAGCUAAUAUGCUUUGAACCAUAGUAAUAUAAAUAUUAUCGAUAUUGCAUUAUCUGAUAGUCUUCACAUUUGUCUAUUACAACCAUUGCAUGAGUUCAUAUAUUUUAUUGUGCUUACAUCCAUGAUACCAAAUUACUCCAACAUUCAUGGGCGAUUAACUGAUUACCAUUUUACCAUGUUUAGAUCUUACACCCAAGACUGGUUUGCUUUGUCCACUUGUGAAGAGCUUUAGUUUGUCUUUGUUAGGCUAGGUUAGCAUGCAGUAUCGUUUAGAAAUUCUCCUUAUGCCAUGGUGCAAUCCAUGAAUUGUCCAGAGUCUGCACGGCAGCAGAAAGCUCUUCAGCCUGGAUGCCUUGGAAAGACCGAAUCUGGGAGUACAGAGUUCGUAGCCAGCUUCCGGGGCCUGAGCACUGGUUGCUUGGGUUCUCUUUCUACUCAAAACUGCUCGCCGCUCCAAGUAGUAACUCCAGAAAAAACAGGUGUUAUGCGAUAUGCGUGGCUGCUUCUCGUUCUUAGGCCACUUGUUCAAACUCGAGAGUUCAAGAGCACUUUGGGCUUUGUCGCUGGCUGCUUUUUAUCUCCCUGCUCGCUGACCGCGGACCAGCACGAGAACUCGGACCUGAAGCUGGAUCCGGGAGGGCCUCUGAAACUCUGGAUGCAGGCCGCGGGACCGGCCCAAUCGGAGGACGGGGAUGCUGAUUCGAAUCGAACCUUUUGCCGUCUUCUUAUGUUUGGAUUUAAGGACUAAUUUUAAUCCGUGUGACAUCAGAUGUUUGGAUACAGAAAAAAUAUAAUCGAAGUUUAAAAAUAGAGACUAAAUUAUUUAGACA